CGGCCGGAGAGCUGCCGGGUCGGGCCAGCGAAGCCAGCCCAAGCCCUCGCUUCUCUCCCGCGGGAAGCGCUCUGCUGCUAAAGGAAAGCCUCCGCCAGCACGGCGCCGAGGACUCAAGCAAGCCCGCCCGGACAGAAAUGCAACGAACAAAAAAAAAAGUACAACAAUCCAAACCCAACCGUGUCGCAGAGCGCCGGUUCUUCCAGAGGGGGCUCCGCCGCCGCCGGCCCCGCCCCUGCCUGUGACCCCGCCCCCCCGGUUCCCGCGUCCUCGCUCGCCCACCGCCCCGCUGGCUGGGAGGGCAGCCGGGCCGCGGGCCCUCCGUUUCUCUGGGUGCGCCGCUGGCGGUGGCUGCGCGCGGCGGGGGACCCCGAGAGGACCCCGCUUCCCUCCCUCGGGUAAAGGCGAGGCACGGCGGGGAGGCCGACCGAGGCGCCAGGAAACUGCGAAGGCGCGGGCCCCGGCUGGGACCGCGAGUCCAUUUUGCCGCUGUGCCCGGUGGGUAACACGCGGUCGCCAAGACCGGAGCCCCGGGUGGUUGCCUCCUGUCAGCCACAAGGUGGAAAACCCGAUUGCUUUGCCCUGAGAAAUAGUAACCCUGACGAAUACACCUGCUUGUGGGGGCCAGAGUUUUCUUCAGAGUUUCUCUGCCUUGGGUGCCCUUUUUCUCCUCCUUAUCCGACUACUGGUAUCCUUUGUGCUGUGCCUGGAUAGGAUGCUGGAAAUACCAGCCGUACAAGGAUGAGCACACCGGGUGCUUUAUUGGAUGCUGCCCUACUCCUUUCUUCUUUCUCCUGCCUGCUCCAGAUAUGGCCUUAGCACAGAGCUCUCAGGUACAAGGUGACGGAGCAGUGGGGGCGCUGAAGUGUGGACCGGGGAUGAGGACGGGAGAAUCAUCAAACAUUUCCUUCUCUGGUGCAAAGAAUAAGAAUGUUCUGUAGCUGCUCGUAACUUCUCUCAGCAUUCUAACCCCAGUUACAGUUGACGCAAUGGAGCUACUUGAAGAAGACCUCACGUGCCCAGUCUGUUGCAGUCUGUUUGAUGACCCUCGAGUUUUGCCUUGCUCACACAACUUUUGCAAAAAAUGCUUAGAAGGGAUCUUAGAGGGGAAUGUGCGGAAUUCACUGUGGAGAUCAUCUCCAUUCAAGUGCCCCACAUGCCGAAAGGAAACUUCAGCUACUGGAGUCAAUAGCCUGCAGGUUAAUUAUUCCCUGAAGGGUAUUGUGGAAAAGUAUAACAAGAUCAAGAUCUCUCCCAAAAUGCCAGUGUGCAAGAGACACUUGGGGCAGCCUCUCAACAUUUUCUGCCAGAGCGAUAUGCAGCUGAUUUGUGGCAUUUGUGCUACCCGUGGUGACCACACCAGGCAUGUUUUCUGCUCUAUCGAAGAUGCCUAUGCUCAGGAAAGGGGUGCCUUUGAGUCUCUCUUCCAGAGCUUUGAGACCUGGCGUCGGGGAGAUGCACUCUCUCGCCUGGAUACCUUGGAAACUAGCAAAAGGAAAUCUCUACAGUUGCUGACUAAAGAUUCAGAUAAAGUGAAGGAGUUUUUUGAGAAGUUACAACACAGUUUAGAUCAAAAAAAGAAUGAAAUCCUGUCUGACUUUGAGACCAUGAAGCUUGCAGUCAUGCAAGCCUACGACCCAGAGAUCAACAAACUCAACACCAUCUUGCAGGAACAGCGAAUGGCCUUUAACAUUGCUGAGGCUUUCAAAGACGUCUCGGAACCCAUCGUAUUUCUGCAACAGAUGCAAGAAUUCAGGGAGAAACUAAAAGUAAUCAAGGAAACUCCUUUGCCUCCCUCCAGUUUGCCCACAAGCCCUUUAAUGAAGAACUUUGAUACCAGUCAGUGGGAAGACAUAAAACUAGUCGAUGUGGAUAAACUUUCUUUGCCUCAAGACACUGGCACAUUCAUUAGCAAGAUUCCCAGGAGCUUUUAUGUGUUAUCUGUGCUAGUUGCUGUGCUCGGCCUUCUCAUUUUCUUUGGUCCCACCAUAGUCCCAGAAUGGUCUUUAUUUGAUGACUUUGUAACUUUGAAAGACCAGCUCUCAAACUUCAGUUCCUAUCUGGCUAAACCAGCUGAUUUUGUAGAACAGUCAGUUCUCUACUGGGAACAGGUGACAGAAGGGUUUUUCAUUUUCAGUGAAAGAUUCAAGAAUUUUACUUUGGUGGUGCUGAACAGUAUGGCAGAAUUUCUGUGCAGAUAUGAACUAUUAUAAAAUCUGUUUCAAGUACACAGCUCUCUGUCUUUUUCUUAGCAAUAGAGAGUAGAGUAGUAGUAUAGAUUUUGUCAGGAUUCCAGUUAGAUGUUUUCCUUCAGAAGUAUUCCUUUCAAAAAUAAUGUCCUACAUGUUUUGUUCAAAUUAGGGAGCAUAAAAGGAAAAAUGAAAUUUAAUAGUACAGUCCUGACCCCUUUCCUUUUUAGAGUUAUUUUGAAAUAAGCAAGUAUCCAAUAUUGGUUGUGUUUAUGCUAUGAAAAAGGGGUGGCGAGAGCACAUGAUGUAACCCUGUGUUGAUGAGGUUGUGUAACUCGUUUAAGCAUAUAAUAAAGAUGACCCUUGUAAAGCAA